AUGCCUGCCAAGUUAUCCGAGCCCAGCCAAUCCGGUUCGGUCGACGACAAGACACCAUCACCACGGCGUCAAGCAAAGGUAUCACCAGCUCCGCAAAGCGAGGCGCACGAAGCAACGCGGUUCGGGUGUCCAAGCCGGAUCCAGGAUACCCCUGGCCUCUUGACGAUGAAGACGAACUCGCAACUGUGCCACGGCGAUAACCCCCGACCUCGGACGGAGAAGAAGGCGAAUACACGGGCUCGUCGGCUUCAUCGAAAGAAAUUUGACAAUAGAGAAGACGAACCCACGCCGCAGCCGCCCCGGGGCCCUGACGGCGAGCACGACCAUGUCGCCUCUGCCCCCCAGGGCUCUAACGAAAAUCAGCCUGUAUACUUCCGUGAUCACGCGGAUGUGCUUGAGCUCCCGUUGCUGGAGGCGCGUACACUCUCAGGGGCCACCUUCAAGAGCGACGCGGACUGGGAGAAGGCCAAGAAGAAGUUUAAGGGGAGAGCAAUCGUUGACUAGAGGCGACUGCAUUCAAGCGCCAGCCGGAUUAACCUAAAAAGCAUCGGGGUGACGUCGCCAUGGCGGUCCAAAGUUAAAGCAACGCCCAACAUGUUCGCCGUCAGCACGCGCGAAACUCGGAGCAACAUC